GCAACACUCUCACACAAUAUUUGAAUCCAACCUCCAGUCGGCAAGGCUUUACUUUUCUCUUCAAAAUGCUCAGCAUCAAGUCCAUCCUCACCAUUGUUGCGUUCAGCACAGUCUCGACCGCCGCCGCUCCGGCCACUGACAACAAGAACGUCUUGGCCGCCAGGCAGGGGCCUGCCCGUGUGUUCGCUUGCCAGAACGGGGACUGGAACGAGCCAUGCCGCGUAUUUGAGUUUGCGUCUGGCGUAUGCUUCAAUGUUCCUGGCGACUGGAACGACAAGAUCAGCUCCAUCCGGAACCUUAAUCCCAGUGCCUUCCGUUGUUUGUGGUACGAGCACGGAAACUGCGGUGGCAGCUCAUACGACAAUCAAGAGGAUGCCAACCUCAAUGACUGGACCGGCGGCUGGAACGACCGCAUCACCUCCUGGCGCUGCAACCUUCGAGGUUAACCAACGCUAAUCAAGGUAGCCGAUUCUGACUAUCCAGGCCGCGUAGCCCCUAGAUCAGUCUGACCUUUCCUUUCGGAAUAAUUGAAGCCUUGGGGGCGGAGAGAACUACAUCAUACGAAUGAAUCCGCUCUUUGGGUGCGAACAG